GGCGUUGGUGUUGGAUGAGUGCCGGGUGACAGCAUCCUAAUUCGUGCCGACCGAAAUAACCGAGCAGGCUAAUCGUCUUAACUUAGACACGGACGCACUCGUUGCUGCUGCUGGCGGGCUCGCGCCUACGCGCGGCGUGACUCAUCCCAGAAGGAUAAAACCGGCUGCCGCUCAGACGCUCGCCAUCAUUUCGUCUGCAAGUUGCUUGUGUGUGCGAGUCCGGAGCCUCAAGCCACUCAGGAAUUGGCCUCCCUGUCUUCUUGAACGUCGCGGCAUUGAAACGAGAGAAGGAAGUUGAGGCUCCUACAGCUCCUGCUGCUGCUGCUGCUGAUUACGACCGUGAUCGCUCGAAGACACUGAGAGCCGAAGGGCGAUCGGGGAAAAAAGCCUUGAGGUUCAGCGACCGAUCGAGGAGAGAGGGCUUCAGACUUUACUGACUGCCGGGAUUUUUGGAGAGCGACCGGUGCGCCCGCUAUCGGCAGAGUCCCGCCACGUGCACCGCACGCCCCGCACGCGCCAUGGAGGAGGAGCUGGAGGGCGUCUCGCUCAAGGAGCGCAUCGCAGCCUAUCAAGCGGCACUGGCCGACGGCACCGCCACCGCCCGCACCGACACCGCCGGCGGCACGGUGAGGGAGGUGAGUGGCGAGGCCACCGACGGGUUUUCCGAAGUCUCCCAGCAGUUCCAGCGUGAGCAUCACUCAGUGCAGCACGUGACGAGCAGCAGCAGCAGCAGCGAGGUCCAUGUCGUCUCCAAGUCGGUGGAGCAGAAGGAGCAGCACGCCUCGAGCAUCACCUCCUCGUCCCAGCUGGAGGAACAGUCGGCUUCAAAGUCUGAAGAUAAUGUUCAUACUUCAAGAUCAGUUUCCUCUGCUCACAAGGCCAAAGAUACCGAUUCACCCAGUGCCUUUGACCAUCAGGCCAAAAAACAGGCCUCCGAUGGCGACGCGGUGGAUGCAUCUAAGGUGAAGCGGUUGCACAAGAUGGAACACAAAACCGAAGCCAGUGCUUGGAAAUCGCACAGUGUCUUGCGUGCAAGCGUGCAAGUCGCCACAUCUGCAGGCGCUGCAUCAUCGGUUUCCAGCCACAACGGAAGCAUGGAAACGCUUCCUCCUCCGCCCAGCGACCUCCUUCGCGGCUCCCUCGACUUCCUCCCACCUCCGCCGCCACCUCCCCACCAGUCCAGCAAGUCUCAGACUCCUGUGCGGACCUCGGCAGCCGCCUCCCCAGAGCCGGGCUUUCUGACGGUGCCCCAGGAGAGAGCGGCGAUGGCACCAUCGCCCGAGCCUCACGCCCGUGUUGCCUAUCAGCAGCAACGCCAGCUGAACGAACUGCGGAGGCUCUACAAGCACAUCCACCCAGAGGUGCGCAAGAACCUGGAGCGAGAGUGCCUGCGUGACCUGGUGGGCUCCUCGCAGGGCGGCGGCGCAGCGCAGGCAGGCGACCCGCAGCAGACACGUUGGCUGUACGAGCAGGGCCUGGCGGGGCCGAGCCCGCCGCCCCCACCACAGGGGGACCGCGAGUGUCUGGAGUGGGACGAGAUCCUGCGUGGAGAGGUGCGCUCGAUGCGCUGGAUGUUUGAGACUCAGCCCCUGGACACGAUCCGCGAGCCCAGCACGCCCGACCCGAGCGCCGGCGGCGGUGGCGGUGGCGGUGGUAGCGGCGAUCCGAUUCCAUGCGGCGACGUGCGCUACACAGCGUGGAAGUUCGAGACCCAGCCGCUGGACAGCCUCGCCGUUCACUCAGCCGACAAGGCGACAAAGAUGCCGGAGCUGGCAAAGGGGGACGUGCGCACCGCCACAUGGCUCUUUGAGACGCGGGCCCUGGAUGCGCUGAGUGGCGCCGAGGCCACCGAAGACGUGAGGAGCACGGUGACGGGCGGGGACGUCAGCAUGGGCAGAUACAUGUUUGAAACUAAACCAAUUUCGUCUUUGGCCCGGUGGGAAGAGGAAGAGUCGGACUUGUUGAAGUUGAAGUCCGAGCUGGAGGAGAUUUUGGGGGGCGACGUCCGUAGAUCCGUGCAGCUGUUCGAGUCGUACCCGCUGUGCGCCAUUCGAGACAGCCAGGGCCACGUGCACCGCAUCACGUCCGUGCGCAGAGAGGAGGUGGAAGAGUGCAGCCUCGGCGUGGAAGGCUCCGUCAAGUCGGCGCGCUGGCUCUUUGAGACGAGCCCGCUGGACAGCAUCAACGCGAGCUCCUCGGAGCUGCGGAUCGUGCGGGGUAUCUCCAUGGAGGACGAGCAGAAGGGCGGCGUGGGCAGAGCCCGGUGGCUUUUCGAGAACCAGUCGCUGGACACGAUCAAGGAGGACACGGAGGGUGCGGAAUAUACGAAGGUGCAGAAGGUGAUCGAGGGCUCUGAUGUGAAGCGACACCGCUGGCUGUUCGAGACCCACCCAAUGGACACCCUGAAAGAUAUUGCCGAUGAGGAUCGGCAGCAGAAGGAGGAGGUCAUCGGGGGAGAUGUCAAGUCCUCCCUUUGGCUGUUUGAGACCAGGCCCAUGGAUUCAUUUGGUACUUUAAUGGAGGUGGGAAAGUUGAAAACCGUAGAGACCUCGGCGGACGAGAGAGGUGAUGUUCGACAUGCAAAGUGGGUGUUCGAGUCGAGGCCGCUCGACCUGAUACAAGAGGAGAAAAAGGAGAUUGUGAAAACGGUGCAGCGCAGCGGUAGCGAGAGGGGGGAGGUGAAGUCUGUUAAAGAGGUGUUUGAGACCAUUCCUUUGGGAUCAAUCCAGGACACCGAGAAGAUCACCGAGUCGGCAGGCAUAAUAGGAGGGGAUGUGAAGACAACAAAAUCUCUGUUCGAGUCCGUUCCACUUUAUGCCAUCCGGGACAGCUCUGGCUAUUACCACCAGGUUCAGACCGUGAGGAGGGAGGAGGUUUCAAGCGGAGAUGUGAAGAGCUGCCGCUGGAUGUUUGAGACCAAACCGUUAGACCAGUUUGACGAGGAGAGCCUUCAGAAAAUCCAAAUCAUCAAGGGCAUUUCCAAGGAGGAGCUGCAGGCGGGUGACGUGAAGACAGCCAAGUGGUUAUUUGAGACGCACCCCCUGGACACGAUAAAAAACGCAGAUGAAGAGAGCGUCACCCAGCAGCGCACGGAGGUUCACCGAGGCGACGUCAGGAUGUGUCGCUGGCUCUUCGAAACUCGACCCAUGGACGCGCUGUAUGAAAAGGUAGAAAAGCGAGAGGGUGAGAGCGAAGAGGAGGUUAUGAAGGGCGACGUGAAGACGUGCACGUGGCUCUUCGAGAACCAGCCACUGGACACGCUCGUAGCAGACGGCGUCGCACACAAGCUGCAGGUGCGCUCGCUCAGGCAGGAGGACGUGGAGGGCAGUGAUGUGCGCACGCGGAGGAUCCUCUUCGAGACCGAACGCCUCGACAGCAUCCGCGGCGGCUUCGAGGAAGGGCAGGACGUGAGGCGCAUCACCAACAUCGACGUGCAGUCGGGCGACGUUUCCCGCGUCAAGUGGCGGUUCGAGAACCACCCCCUCGACACCAUCGUCGGGGAGUCUACGGGACAGAAGUUGAAGACGGUGCAGGCGGAGGACAUCGAGAGAGGUGAUGUGAACAAGUACACGUCCUUGUUUGAAACGCAACCGAUUGGAGCCAUCGGGGAAGAUCCGGACGCGGUGAAGCUGAGGAGGACUGUCACCGACGUGCAAGGGGGCAACGUCCACAUGUGCUCGUGGCUCUUCGAGAAUCGGCCGAUGGGGACCAUACGCGAGGACCCAGAGGCGGCGCAGUUGGUCGGCACGGUCUCCGACGUUGUGGGUGGUGACGUCAAGAGCGGGCGAGUUGUGUUCGAGACUCGGUCGCUUGAUCAGAUCCGGGGCGACGGGUCGGACGUGUCCGACGCGACGAAGGAGGAAGUCAUCGGGGGAGACGUGAAGUCGUUCACCAUGCUAUUUGAAACGCAGCCCCUCUAUGCCAUUCAGGACCGUGAGGGUCACUACCACGAAGUGGUGACGGUCAAGAAGGAGGAAGUGAUGCGCGCGGACGUGAGCAGCGCGCGCUGGCUAUUUGAGACACGGCCGCUGGACUCCAUUGGCGCGGGCCAGGAGGUGCACGUCAUCCGUGCGGUCACCCAGGAGGACGUUCAGAGUGGGGACGUGCAAACUGCCCGGUGGCGCUUCGAAACCCAGCCGCUCGAUACGAUCGCCGAGGACGGGAAAGUGUUGAUCAGAACGGUGGACGACGUGCAGGGUGGCAAUGUGCAGUCAAACACGCAGCUGUUUGAGUCGGAUAGCGUCGAUCGUCGGAAGUUCGUGAGAACGGUCAGUGUCAGCGAUGUGCAGAGAGGGGACGUCCGGACAUCUCGCUGGCUUUUUGAAACAAAAAAUAUCGACGAAAUUGGGGAAAGCGCUUCUGAGAAGCUGGACUUCACCAAAGUUAUAAGAGAGGAUGUGAAAAGUGGCGAUUUAAAAAAUUCUCUCUGGCUGUUCGAAAAUCAUCCCCUGGACAAGAUAAAGGAACAAGAUGAAGAGACGACUGUCCGGGCGGAAGAGAUCCAGGGUGGCGAUGUGAAAACCACGACCUGGCUGUUUGAGCGCACCCCAUUGCACAGGCUCGGUGAUUCGGGCACGCACGUUGAAAGGCCGGAAAUAGUCGGCAAGAACAUUCGAGAGACCCUGCGGUCGUUGAUCAACUGCAACGUGGUGGAUUCUUCUCGCGGGAUUUUGCUCGAGUCAAGCGACGUGGGCAACGUCAGAAUGGCCAUGUAUAACCUAAUGAACCCAGAGGCUCAGCCCCAAAUUCAGAAGGAUGAAAUAAUUCGUGGGGAUAUGCAUAGCAUUUUGCAGCAGCUGCUCUCCAGGAAGCGAGAGGACCACCAGAGCAUUGUGAUUGAUUCGGAGGAGAGGGGAAAUCUUCGGCAAACCUUAGAGAGGCUGAUGCACCAGUCCUCUGAAGCCAGCACCGAGCGUGAAGAAGUAAUCCGAGGAGACAUCCGCCAAGCGAUUGAUCAACUUUUCAGUCAAAGCGAUGCAUCUGGAUUGAGGAGAGGCAUCCUUAUUCAAGAGGGCGAAACUGGCAACGUCAAGAUGACCAUCUAUUCCCUGCUGAACAGAGAAGAGGAUUCCAGUCGCAGGGAAGAAGACGUGGUGGCCGGAAACGUCAGGGGGGCGAUAAACAGCCUCAUGACCUCGGCUCAGAGUGACACUCGCCAUCAGAAAGUGCAGCAGGACGAGAUACAGGGAGGAAACGUUCAGUUCUUCACAACCUGCAUUGAAAGCGGAGCAUUGGAUUACCUGAAGCUCCUGCAAAAGCAAGGCACCGAGGAGGAUGACGACGAAUCAACUCGCCGAGCGCAGGAGAUCGACAUUGUUCCUGGAGAUGUCCAGAAAACCAAGCACCUGCUGGAGCUGAGUGCCCAACAAGCUGUGGUUGUCGAAAAAGAAGAGGUGACCAGGGGAGAUCUUCAGGCAACGCUUCGAUCACUCGAGGAUGCCGUCAACACCAAGACCUCGGUGGUCAGGGAGGAUGUGAUGAGAGCCGAUCUCCGUGCCACGCUACAGUCUCUGCAGGAAGCCGUGAACACGAAGGUCGAGGUCGCAAAGGAGGACAUCGUCAGAGGAGACCUGAGGGCCACUUUGCAGUCCCUGGAGGAGGCUCUGAAUGCAAAGGUGGAGUCUGCGAAGGAGGACGUGGUGAGAGGCGACCUUGGGGGAGCCUUGAGGUCACUGCAGGAAGCCCAGCUGGCGGUGAGGGAAAUCAGCAGAGAGGAGGUGGUCAAGGGAGACAUCCACGCCACGCUGAAGUCCCUGCAAGAAUCCAUCGACUCCAAGGAGGAAGUGAUUCGUGAAGAGGUGGUCAGAGGCAGCAUUCGAGAUGCGCUGGCAUCGCUGCAGGAGGCGGUGAAUUCCAAGACGGAAAUGGCAGAGAGGGAGGAGGUGGUUAGGGCAGACCUGCGCACGAUUGUGCGGUCUUUGGAGGAAUCCCUCAACUCACAAGUUCAGCUCGCCAAGGAGGAAGUUGUGAGGGGGGACGUUCACGCCGCCCUCCGUUCGCUGGAAGAGGCGCAAAAGGCAGUGAGGACGACAGUCAGGGAAGACAUGGUGCGAGGGGAUUUUAAGACUGUGCUGCAGUCGCUGGAACGUGCCGUCAAUGCCAAGGUGGAGAGCGUGCGGGAGGAGGUUGUGCGGGGCGAUCUUCAGGCUGCAAUAAGGUCGCUGGAGGAAGCUCAGAACGCACAGGUCGCCGUCGAAAAGGACGAAGUGGUGAAGGGGGACAUUAGGUCCAUUUUAAGGUCGCUACAAAAUGCCGUCACUGCCAAGAGUGAGAUUGCAAGGGAGGAGGCGACAAGAGGAGACAUCAAGCAGGCGAUCCGCUCACUGGGAGAAACAAUUAAUGCUAAAAUAGAGAUGGUAAAAGAGGAUGUGGUGAAUGGAGAUGUCAGGGCUGCCCUGCAGUCACUGGAAGAGGCCAAGAAUGUGGUGAGAAUGACCGGGAGAGAGGACAUAGUAAGGGGCGACCUGAGGAAAGUGCUCCAGUCGCUUGAAGAUGCCGUGAACGCCAAGGUGGAAAUGAUUAGAGAAGACGUGGUGCGGGGAGACCUCCGGACGGCGCUGAGGUCUCUGGAGGAAUCGCAGCGUUCGCAGAGCGCGGUCGAGAGAGAGGAGGUGGUGAGAGGAGACAUCAGGAGUAUCCUAAGGUCUCUCAACGAGGCCGUUAAUUUGAAAACGGACGUGACGCGAGAAAACGUCGUUAGGGGCGACAUUCAGAUGGCGAUCCGGUCCUUAGAGGAAGCGAUUAAUGCUAAGAUAAUGAUGGUUAGAGAGGAUGUUGUAAGAGGGGACCUUCCAGCUGCCCUCCAUUCGCUGGAGGAGGCUGUGAACGCGAAGAUAGAAGUCGUUCGGGAGGAGGUCAUCCGCGGAGACCUUCAAGCCGCACUGAGGUCUUUAAACGAGGCCAAAAAUGCAGUUGCAGCCAAGGAAGAAAAAGACAUAGUCCGUGCAGAUCUCCAGACAACUCUGCGGUCACUGCAAGACUGGCAGAAAGGCAGCUUAAAGGAGAGCGAUAGAGAGGACGUUGUCAGAGCUGAUCUGCAGGCGACUUUGAGGUCUUUGGAAGAAGCGCAGCAGGCUGUGAAGGUCGCUGAGAAAGAAGAGGCGGUGAGAGGGAACUUGAAAGCAGCAUUGCAAGGUUUAGAGGAGUCGAAGAAAGCGGUCCGAGAGACUCAGAGAGAAGAGGUUGUCAGAGCGAACAUUAAGGCCGCAAAAAAGAGGCUGAUCCAGUCGCAGAAGAAGGACAUAAAAAGGCAGGUAGAUAUGGAGGAAGAAAUUCAGAAUAUCCAAAAGCAGGCUUCGCUUGAGCAGACUGAUCAGAGUGACCAUGAAAUAUUUCAAAAGGUCGUUCAGAAAGAACAACCUACUUCCACAAUCAAUGUAGAUCUGACCACCGACACCCGUAACACAAAAUUGAGCGAGCAAGUUGAAGAAACGAAGCAUAUUACAAAAGAAGAGGAUGCCCUCGUGAAAGGAGUGAAGCCCAAAUCUCACCAUUAUCACAGCCAAAGUGCAUCGCGGAAGGUGGGAAAAACCUACGAAAUGAUCUCCGCAGAAGAAUUUGCUCGUCAUACUCAACAGCAAACCACGCACAAGAGAGAUGAAAUGAACCGACAGGUAGAAGUGCAAAUCAAGAAACAGGAGACGGAUCAAACAGACAGAACCGCUGGUAAAAUAAAGGCUGAGAAGUCUGUGCUGGGAGAUGAAAAGGCCAAAAGCCACCUCGUCGGACAUUCUCCAUCGCAAAGCAAAGUGCAAGUGAUUAAAGUUAAAAAGAUCCAACCGUUGGCCACCGACACGAAUAUUGCAGCAAAGCAUAACGCAAAAUCUGAAGUCGAUCAGCGGUCAUCCAUCCAGGGAAUCGCAAGUUCCAGUCAACAGCAAAUAAUUAGAAAGAGCGUUGUUAAGGAAAGCCGUAGGGUUACGAACGUGUCCGAGGAGAGCACGGUCAAUGUGAGCCACAAGGAAUCCAAGACAUCCCACAAAGACACACACAAGGGGAUGGAGGAAUGCGCGUCGCAGCAGGUAGUCGGCAUGUUGUCCUCCUCCGAGCUUCAGCAUAAGAGCAAGGCGAACGUUUUUGGAAAAGAUGUGAAACAAAAAACCACUGUGAGCCUGCCAUUUGGCUACAAAAAGAAGGCCGUGGAGCUGAGCCUGCUGCCUCCACCACCCCUUCCUCGGCCGGUACCCUUGACCGAGGAGGAGCUGCCACUUCCGCCACCACCGCCUCCCAUGGAAGUGGAUAUUGACUGCCCUCUGCCGCUGCCUCCGUCUGCGGCCGAGGCCCUUCCGGACGACUUGCCUCUGCCUCCUCCGCCCCCGGCUUUAGUUCCGCAGGCUGCCCCUGUUACCGCCCAGCUAUCCAAUACCAAGACGCAGUCGAGUCGUGCAGCUAAGAGUUCAUUCAAGGUGAAGACGAUGAACCUCUCCACUCCACCGCCCUCCCCGUAUGGGCCAAUACCGUUCAAGAAGAAGAACUACCCGUCUACUCCUGCGUCUCCCUCGACGAGUGCUGAGACGUCAUCAUCGUUGAUGUCAUCAUCGGUUACGAUAAUUCCCUUGACAACGCAGGUCACUGAGGUAACAAAAGUGAAGAUUUCUCCAAAACGUGCCGAUGCCAAGAUCGACGUGAAGACGGCGACGUCGCUGUCGACUUCGUCGUCGUCCCAGCAACAGAGAAGCUCGACGACGAGCGAGAUGCUGGUGCGGACGCGCACGGACACCGAACAGACGCAGAGCGAGCACGCACAGGUGACGCAAACGGGGAGCGCACUUGGGGAGUCUAAACAAAAGCAGAGCGUGCAGGUGACGCAAAUGGGGAGCGCGCGUGGGGAGUCUAAACAAAAGCAGAGCGCGCAGGUGACGCAAACUGGGAGCGUGCAUGGGGAGUCUAAACAAAAGCAGAGCACGCAGGUGACGCAAAUGGGGAGCGUGCACGUGGAGUCGACACAGAAGCAGAGCACGCAGGUGACGCAAAUGGGGAGCGCGCGUGGGGAGUCGACUCAGAAGCAGAGCGCGCAGGUGACGCAAACUGGGAGCGUGCAUGGGGAGUCUAAACAAAAGCAGAGCACGCAGGUGACGCAAAUGGGGAGCGCGCGUGGGGAGUCGACUCAGAAGCAGAGCGUGCAGGUGACGCAAACGGGGAGUGCGCACGCUGGUGCCGUCGCAUCGGCGAGUGAAGAGCAUUGGACACGGCCCAGGGUGGCGAUUCCGCAGGCCGAACCGAGAAAGCCAAAUACUCCCACACAUGGCAGCCUUCCGGUGACCAUCGCUAUUCCCACGUCUCCCCUGCCGAGACCAAAGAGCGCCAAUCGAGGCUUCAAGACGCCUUUAAUGAUUGCAGAGGAGAACUUCAGGAAGCAGCAGCUGGAGAAGGGAAAGUCCGUGGGCGCCUCCCCUCCGAACUCGUUCGUCGCUGAUGCGAUGAGCGAGCAACAAGGACAAGUGGUCAUCGUCGCACCGCUUGACCAAGACGUGUUGGCCGCUUUCGACGUGUCGUCCGUUUCCAACGCGACGGUGAGCAAAGCCACCGUGAUGAAGAAAGAGGCGGCGAAGAAUAUUUCGCAGAUACUGAGCCAGCACAUGGGCGAACCGAAGGUCGUUUGUGUGACCGAGGACCGGAAACAAAACGUAAUUGAGACUCACCCAGUGCCUGAAGUAACUCAAAAACAGGAGCAAUCCCACGUUACUUCCACAAGGAAGGUUACUCUGCACAAGAAAGAAGAGGGUCAGCAGAACAUUGAGAACAAGCCAAAAUCUACGGACAAGCAGGAUGAACUUCGCAAGCUUUACCACUUGUCGGAGACCGGGAAACAGCCCCUGCAGCACCAAGUGCAGAUCUCCUCGGGCGCGGCUCAACAGCUGCACCAGCAGCAGAUGGCGUCGUCGUCAUCCCAUCGCGUCGUGACAGAACAGCACCACGAGGAGCGUGUCCAAACGUCUCAGCAGUUCUCCUCCAAGACGACGACGCAGACCAAAAUCAAACAGCAGCAGCAGCAGCGGACGGAGCACGGCCAGGAUGGAUUCAAAAACCGAAUGACUCCGGAGCAACUUGGCACAUUCGAGAAAAAAUCUGUCCCUGGCGGGGAGCCUCGAGAAGUUCCAGUCUCAACCAAAAGAGGUCUGCACGGGCUGUCAAAAGACAGUCUAUCCCAUGGACCGGCUGGUGGCCGACACAAGGGUCUACCAUAGGCUCUGCUUCCGCUGCUACCACUGUUCAACCUCGUUGAGCCUCUGUAGCUAUGCAUCUCUCCAUGGAAACGUUUACUGCAAGCCGCAUUUUCAACAACUCUUCAAGGCCAAGGGAAAUUACGACGAGGGCUUUGGCCGCAAGCCACACAAGGAUCUCUGGGCCCAAAAGGAGACCCCCAGCAAAUUCGCAUCCUCCGAUUCGUACUCCGGCG